AUGGCUCCCGUGACGAAGCCUACGACGGUCAUGAACGGUCAAUCGGCCUGUGUGCAGUUCGGCGAUUGCUCCACAGCCCCUAGCUCGUUCAAGGUCGAGACGUACAACUCGCCUAUCUCACCUCCCGGCUCACACUACGUGCCCAACCUCACAGAUAAGGCGGCAGUGAGUAGCUACAUGUCGCAGGCCGCUGGUAAUGGCGCUACUGUCGCGUACGCCAAGGGUGGAAACCAGGCCUCAUCGACGCCUGUACCCCCACCAACCACGGUCAACUUUUCGACAAAGACCGCCACCAACGGCGGCACUGUUGUCACUAGUACUAUCAUGUCCAAUGCGGCAGGGCAGACCCAUGCUUCGUCCUGGCUUUGGACGAUCGCAGGUGCCACUGGCCUGGCCCUCCUGAGCGGCGCUGUUCUCCUGUAA